ACGCUCAUUGGCUACGAGAAGACGUCACUAAAACGUCUUCACUGAUUGGUCAUUGGACUGGGUCAUUAGAACCGCCCCCAAUCCAGGAAGGAAGCUGAAGAAGUCAACAUGAGUGCUCGUUUGAAGGUUCUGAGCGUGUUUAAAUCGCUGCACAGAACAAGGCUAGCUGUUUUCAAAGAAGACAACAAAGCACUAACAGCUGCAAGAUUAAAGAUCAACGACGAGUUCCGCAAAAAUAGAAAUGAAACUUCAGAGGAAAACAUCCAGAAGAUGAUUAAAAUUGGCUCAGAUGUGGAAAUUGUUCUUCGAGAGACUGUGCUACAAAUGGAGCAUAUUGGAAAAGAAUCCCUUUUGCUUCGACCCAGAGAGAGUCUUCUACUAGAAAAUGUACCCUAUUGUGACCAGCCAAGGAAAAAGUCAUGACAGAUCAUCUGAUAACAUCUUUUACAUAAAGAAAGAGAUUUACUAUUAAACACUAUAAUCAGUCCUCACCUUGAAAUAAAAUUUCAAAUUGUUCUCCAUAACAAAGACCAAUUUUAAGAUCAUUGGAACAUAGACCGAACCCUGUUUUCAAUUUCACUUAAGAUCUCAACUGUCCUGCAAUAAAAAUAGUGUAAGGUAAAUGGCAAAUUUUUGUGUACAGUAUUUAUCAAAUGUAAUUGAAAGGAUUUGUCAUUUCAAUUGGGAGAUUUUGCCUAUUUUUCAGUGGUAUAAUAUGAUUAAACCAUGUACAAGUUACUGUGAUGCUUCUGAAAAAACAAAAAAUGUCAUUGUGUUAUAAAUAAAGAGGGGUAUUCCCAGA